AUGGGUCUAAUCGGUGCUCAGCGCACGCUCUCCCGGCUGGUUGCCCUCGCCGUCUUCGGCAUCUUGGCCACGUAUCUAUUGCUUAGAGGGCUCCCUUUCCAGGGCGACUGGAAGUCAUGGGGCUACGUCCGCAGCAGUUACGACUGGGAAAAGCGAAUUUUUGAGUACCCAUUUGAGCCGUCGGACAUGAUACAUCCCCCGUCGGGAACCCCUCACAAACUGCGCCGAAUACAGCACGACUUCUCACACGAACCCAAGGACAAGGCGCACGACAAGCUCCAAGACGAGCGGAGGGAAGCGGUCCUGAACACGGCGAAGAAGUGCUGGGAAACCUAUCGGGAAUUCGCCUGGGGCCAUGACGAGCUCAAGCCCUCGUCGUUGGUAGGAGCAGAUCCAUUUGGUGGAUGGGGUGCGACACUUGUCGACUCGCUGGACACUCUUUGGAUCAUGGGCCUCAAAACCGAGUUCAAGGAGGCCGUGAAGGCAGUUGGGCUUAUAGAUUGGGAUAAGACUACAGCCACCUCGUGUAGUGUCUUUGAGACCAACAUUCGCUAUCUCGGGGGCCUGCUGUCUGCCUACGAGCUCAGCGGCGAAAAGACCUUGCUCCGUAAGGCAUUGGAGGUUGGCCACAUGCUCUUCGCGGCCUUCGACACGCCGAACCACAUGCCGCUCGGAACGUUCUAUUUUGACGAGGCUAAGGCUGGCGGGAUGACGGCAGGCAAACGUGUGUCUCUGGCUACAGUUGGGACCCUGUCGCUGGAGUUCACGCGGCUCAGCCAGCUCACGGGAGAUCCAAGAUUCUACACUGCUAUCGAUGGAAUCAAGCAGCAACUGAUCCGGACUCAAAACACGACAAAGAUCCCCGGACUGUGGCCAACCUAUAUCGACUUGCGCAAUGGGUUCCUCGUCGAGCACGACUCCUUCACGCUUGGUGCUUCAGCAGACUCGGGCUACGAGUACCUGCCCAAGAUGUAUGCCCUGGUUGGAGGGCUAGACGACUCCUACGCAGAGAUGCACAAGCUGGCAAUGGAAACCGCGCGAGAAUAUUUGGUCUUCCGUGCGAUGCUGCCCCGCUCUCCGGGACCAUCCGCCACCUCUCCAGGACCAUACCCAGACGUUCUCUUCUCCGGCACGGUUCUCUCCAAAGGUCAGGACAUCAACCUCCACCCUGCGAUUCAGCAUCUCGGGUGCUUUGCCGGAGGGCAUUUUGCCCUUGGAGGGAAGCUUUUCGGCCUAGACAAUCACGUCAAGGUUGGUGAACAGAUUGCCCGAGGCUGCGCAUGGGCAUACGGCGCUUUCCCCGCUGGUGUCAUGCCCGAGGGCUCGGAGCUGAUUGCAUGCGCGGGACCUGAUUCCGCCCCCUGCGAAUGGAACGAGACAAGGUGGGACAAAGAGGGGGACAAAAAUAUCCCCAAGGGCUUCCAAAAAGUGCGUGAUCCUCACUACCUGCUGCGCCCAGAGGCGGUCGAGAGCAUCUUCAUCUUGUACCGUAUCACCGGGAAGAAGGACCUGCUGGAUCUUGCUUGGACCAUGUUCGAGUCUAUCAAGAAGGCGACCGAGACCCCCUUUGCCCACUCAGCGGUUGCCAGCGUCCUGGCUGGCGGACCUGAUAUAAGGACCACAGAUUCCAUGGAGAGCUUCUGGCUCGCCGAGACCUUGAAGUAUCUCUACCUCAUCUUCUCCAAGCCUAACCUGAUCAGCCUCGACGACUACGUCUUCAAUACCGAAGCUCAUCCGUUCAAGAUCCCGAAGCCGAAGCGUGGAAGCAAAGAACACUAG